AUGGCCCCCAAGAAACCUGAACCAAAGAAAGAGGCAGCCAAGCCUGCUCCUGCGCCAGCACCAGCAGCAGCGCCAGCACCGGCACCAGAACCACCAAAGGAACCCACCUUCGAUCCCAAGAGCGUAACGAUUGACUUCAGUGCUGACCAGAUUGAAGAGUUCAAGGAGGCCUUCAUGCUGUUUGACAGGACCCCAACCGGGGAGAUGAAGAUCACCUACAGUCAGUGUGGUGAUGUCCUGCGGGCUCUUGGGCAGAACCCAACCAAUGCUGAAGUCCUGAAGGUGCUGGGCAAGCCCAAACCAGAAGAAAUGAACACGAAGAUGCUGGACUUCGAGACCUUCCUCCCAAUGCUGCAGCACAUCUCCCGCUCCAAGGACCAGGGAACCUUUGAGGACUUUGUGGAAGGCCUGCGUGUCUUUGACAAGGAGGGGAAUGGCACAGUCAUGGGUGCAGAACUGCGCCAUGUGCUUGCCACACUGGGCGAGAAGCUGACAGAAAGUGAAGUGGAGCAAUUGAUGACAGGACAGGAAGAUGCCAACGGCUGCAUCAACUAUGAAGCUUUUGUCAAGCACAUCAUGUCUGGUUGA